GGAGCGCGGGCCGGGCCUGGGCUGGGGCACCGGGGAGGUUGCAGGGAGGAGGCCGACGGUAACAGCCUUGCAGGGCGGGGGCGGCGUGGGUCUGGUCGGGAGACCCCGGGCGCGGCAGGGGCUGUGGGAGGCGAGGGCGUCGCCCCGAGGCCGCGGGCGCGGGUCCAUGGUGGGGGGCCUGGGUCCCCGCCCUCCCCGGGACGCGCCGGGUCGCGCGUGGGCGCGGCGGGCGCCGAUUGGCUGCCGGGCGCGCGGGCGGGGCGGGCGGCAGCGGCGGCGCGGAGGGGCCGCUCACCCCGCAGCCCGGCCUCGGCCUCCGCCGCUUGUCGCCGCGCCCCGCCCGCGCGCCCGCCCCGCACGUCCCCCGCCGGCGGCCACCAUGAGCACAGGCCUGCGGUACAAGAGCAAGCUGGCGACCCCAGAGGACAAGCAGGACAUUGACAAGCAGUACGUGGGCUUCGCCACACUGCCCAACCAGGUGCACCGCAAGUCAGUGAAGAAAGGCUUUGACUUCACGCUCAUGGUGGCUGGUGAGUCAGGCCUCGGGAAGUCCACACUGGUCCACAGCCUCUUCCUGACAGACUUAUACAAGGACCGGAAGCUGCUCAGUGCUGAGGAGCGCAUCAGCCAGACGGUAGAGAUUCUAAAGCACACAGUGGACAUUGAGGAGAAGGGAGUCAAGCUGAAGCUCACCAUCGUGGACACACCGGGAUUCGGGGAUGCCGUCAACAACACCGAGUGCUGGAAGCCCAUCACCGACUAUGUGGACCAGCAGUUUGAGCAGUACUUCCGCGACGAGAGCGGCCUCAACCGAAAGAACAUCCAAGACAACCGAGUGCACUGCUGCCUGUACUUCAUCUCCCCCUUCGGGCACGGGCUGCGGCCAGUGGAUGUGGGUUUCAUGAAGGCGUUGCAUGAGAAGGUUAACAUCGUGCCUCUCAUCGCCAAAGCUGACUGUCUUGUCCCCAGUGAGAUCCGGAAACUGAAGGAGCGGAUCCGGGAGGAGAUUGACAAGUUUGGGAUCCAUGUAUACCAGUUCCCUGAGUGUGAUUCGGAUGAGGAUGAGGACUUCAAGCAGCAGGACCGGGAACUGAAGGAGAGCGCUCCCUUCGCUGUUAUAGGCAGCAACACGGUGGUGGAGGCCAAGGGGCAGCGUGUCCGGGGCCGCCUGUACCCCUGGGGGAUCGUGGAGGUGGAGAACCAGGCGCACUGCGACUUCGUGAAGCUGCGCAACAUGCUCAUCCGCACGCACAUGCACGACCUCAAGGACGUGACGUGCGACGUGCACUACGAGAACUACCGCGCACACUGCAUCCAGCAGAUGACCAGCAAACUGACCCAGGACAGUCGCAUGGAGAGCCCCAUCCCGAUCCUGCCGCUGCCCACCCCGGACGCCGAGACUGAGAAGCUUAUCAGGAUGAAGGAUGAGGAACUGAGGCGCAUGCAGGAGAUGCUGCAGAGGAUGAAGCAGCAGAUGCAGGACCAGUGACGCUGGUCGCGGACACACCGUCUGUCUCCGGGAUGCCCUCCCACCCCUGGACCCCAGACCGGACUGUUCCCGACCCGGAGACGCGGGGCCACAGCCCCCAGCUGACCCUAAUUUAUUCUCAGCACCACCCCCUCCCAGGUCAUUGGUAUCUGCUUCCGAGGGGCCUGGACCGUAGCCCCCGCCCAGCUGGCCCUCUCUGGCCUUGGGGGAUCAGGAGCGAAGUUGGGCGGGACUUCAAAGAUCCGCCUCUCUUGCCCUUCCCCCGCCCCCAGACGGUCACACCACCCAAACUGCAGGCCCUGCUCUAGCAGGCAGGCAAACCUAGGCAGAAGAGGAUUUCCAGGGUUCUGGGUCUGUUCUCUGCCCCAAUGCUGCAGAACGGACUUGGGAGCCCUCCUUUGCCUGCUCCCGCGGGUCACCCAGCAAGUGCUGAGACCCCAUUUUCUGUCGAGGCUGGCCGGGUCUUCCCUUAGCCCCAGAAGCCCAGCGGGCAGGGUUGGGCUGAAUCACAUGGGAGCUCUCCAGACUUAAGGAGGUGAGAGGCUGCAAGGAGGGCGGGCCGUGACCAUCCACACCCCUUCUCCACAGCCCGGCCUGACCUGGAGGACCCCCGGGGCACUGGGCGGUGAGCCACCUCCUGGCAACUCUCGGUGCCGUCCCCUGCCCUUGCUCGAGGCCUCUUCUCCCCAGCACAGCUGUGGUGUGCCGGGAUCCCGAGCCUCGGCCUCCUGAUCUUACCACCCGCAUGAUCCCUUCCCGCCACACGAUGCUCCGUUUUGUUCCGUUGUGAAUGCCGCGUCCUGUCCUGGUGACAGGAGAACAAUGUUGGUGAACGUC